GGUCGGGGACAGGCGCGAGGAGGGCGGAGCGCCGCGCGGAGCGGAGGGGCGGGGUCACGAACUCUGACCUCCCGGAGCCGGAGCCGCCACCGACAAAUAACCCCCCAGGAGAGGCCGCCGGGAGCUGGGCCCGCCAGGAGUCUUCACAGAGUGAUUAUGCAUACGAGGUGUGAAGUGUAAUCUAGGUACCAUAGGUAAGGCCUAAAGCACCGAUCCUGUAAAUGCUGACACAUGUGCAUAAAUUUAUGUACAGCAAGUAGUCCUGUUGAUUACAGUGGUACUUUUGACACUGAGUAAAGUUAAACACAUGAAAUUCUGGUGAUUAAAGAUCAUGGCAACCAUAGAGGAACUGGCCCAUCAAAUUAUUGAACAACAAAUGGGAGAGAUUGCGCAUUCCCAAGGAACUGUUACUCAAACACUAAUGGAUGGGACAGCACAAAGAAUACAAAUUGUCCCAGCGGAUUCAGGUCUCUCUUUACCACAACGCAUACAAAUUGUCACAGACCAGCAGACGGGCCAGAAGAUUCAGAUUGUUACUGCACUUGAUCAGAGCACAGCAGGCAAGCAGUUCAUCUUAACAAAUCAUGAUGGCUCUACCCCAAGCAAGGUGAUCCUUGCCAGACAAGAUUCCACUCCAGGAAAGGUUUUCCUAACAACUCCAGAUGCUGCAGGUGUCAACCAACUGUUUUUUGCAUCCCCCGAUUUAUCUGCACAACACAUCCAGAUUUUAACAGACAACACUUCCACUGAACAAACCCUAAAUAAAGUAUUUGAUCUCUGUGUCGUAUGUGGAGACAAAGCAUCAGGACGUCAUUAUGGAGCAGUAACAUGUGAGGGAUGCAAGGGAUUCUUUAAAAGAAGCAUACGAAAGAAUUUAGUUUAUUCAUGCCGAGGGGCAAAAGACUGUGUCAUUAACAAACAUCAUCGAAACCGAUGUCAGUACUGUAGGCUGCAGAGAUGCAUCGCGUUUGGAAUGAAACAGGACUCUGUUCAGUGCGAGAGGAAACCAAUUGAAGUAUCACGAGAAAAAUCUUCAAACUGUGCGGCUUCUACAGAAAAGAUCUACAUCCGAAAAGAUCUGCGCAGCCCACUUGCUGCAACUCCAACUUUUGUAACUGACAAUGAAACAGCAAGAUCAACAGGACUGCUAGAGUCAGGAAUGUUUGUAAAUAUUCAUCAGUCCGGAAUAAAAAGUGAGCCUACAGUGCUUAUGACACAAGAUAAGGUUGAGGCCUGUCAGGGAGAUUUAAGCACACUGGCAAAUGUGGUAACAUCAUUAGCAAAUCUCAGUAAGUCCAAAGACAUGUCUCAAAGUAGUGCUGAGCUGUCUAUGAUUGAAAGUUUAAGCAACGGAGAUACAUCAUUGUCUGAACUUCAUCAAGAAGAGCAAGCAAGUAGUGAUGUUACCAGGGCAUUUGAUACUCUUGCGAAAGCACUAAACCCAGGAGAGAGUGCAGCAUGUCAGAGCUCUUCAGAGACUGUUGAAGCCAAUGUACAUCUGAUUGGUGGAGAAACAAGCAUGAAUAUCGUUGAAAUAGAGGGUCCGCUUCUCAGCGAUGCACAUGUAGCUUUCAGGCUCACCAUGCCUUCUCCGAUGCCUGAAUACCUGAAUGUUCAUUACAUCUGUGAGUCAGCCUCCAGACUACUCUUUUUGUCCAUGCACUGGGCACGCUCCAUUCCUUCCUUCCAAGCUCUAGGGCAAGAUAACAGCAUAUCAUUAGUAAAAGCCUGCUGGAAUGAACUUUUUACACUUGGUCUUGCACAGUGUUCACAAGUGAUGAAUGUGGCAACUAUAUUAACUGCAUUUGUUAAUCACCUGCAUGGUAGCUUACAGCAAGAUAAGCUGUCUACAGAUAGAGGAAAACUAGUGAUGGAGCAUAUCUUCAAACUGCAAGAGUUCUGUAACAGUAUGGUUAAGCUUUGCCUAGAUGGGUAUGAAUAUGCUUAUCUGAAAGCAAUCGUCCUCUUCAGUCCUGAUCACCCAGGUCUAGAAAAUGUGAUACAGAUUGAAAAGUUUCAAGAAAAGGCUUACAUGGAGUUCCAAGAUUAUGUAACAAAAGCAUAUCCAGAUGAUACCUACAGGCUAUCUAGGCUUCUUCUCCGAUUGCCUGCCCUCAGACUGAUGAGUGCCACCAUCACAGAAGAGUUGUUCUUUGCAGGACUGAUUGGAAAUGUUCAGAUUGACAGCAUCAUCCCAUAUAUCCUAAGAAUGGAGACAGCGGACUACAACUCUCAAAUUAUUGGUCAUUCUGUAUAAAGGUGGAAAACAAGGAUUCUAUGCCGUGGUGACAUAAAUGUACAUCACCAUGGCAGUCAUGGCAUACUGUCUCCAAGAGAUGGCAAGAAGCCUUCCCCGGCAACUUUUAAAAAUUUAAAGAAGGCUAAAAUUCCUCCUUUCCAGUACAUUUGUGAAAUGCUGCAGAGUGUCUUGAGGGAUACAGGAUGACUUCCUUUUUUCAUCUGGUUUUCAAGGACUUGUAAAUUAUCUGGCAUUUAAUGAAAAUCAAAAAUUAUCCACUGUAUUUUUGUAGAUAGAUGAACCUGGAAUUUUGUUUAUGAAGUCCAAAACGAAUAGGAAAAUCCAGCCUGGUGAAGAAGAGUGUUGACUGAAUUAAGGUGUCACUACUUAAUUUUAGAAAAAAAUAAAUUAACCUUCUUCUCUGAGUUGUGUUUUCAGUGUUUUGCUAUAAUUCAUUCUCACUGAUACAAUGGAACAUGAUGGUCAGAAAUUGUAAAAAGGUAAAAAUAUUUCAAUUGAAGUGAGACCUUUGUAAUCAACUUCAUUUUUCUUUCUGCUACUUUGAAAAGAGCUGAAGUUCUUGUUUUAUGAAGCAGUUGGUACCAUGAAAAGGGCAGGGAAAUAAUAGAAAGCACGCAGAUUUUUUUUAAUAUUCUGUUGAUACCUCGAUGCAGCAGAUCAUAGUCCUCCUCCAUUAUUGGCAAUAAGAUUGAUGCUAUUCUGGAUGUCAAGAGUUUAAUAUGUUCUAGUGUUGUGUAUUGGCAGAUACUAGCUAUUUGUAUUAUACAGUGGGAAACUGACUAAGAAUAAACUAUUUUGGAAAAUAGUUUAUUACUAUAUCAGAUUUCUGUUGUAUUUUUCUAACUAAAUAAGUUUGUAGUACUGAUUGAGCCUAGAGUACAUGUUGUUCUGUGCCUGGUGGGCCAUCAUUCUUUUAUUUAUCAUGACCUGAGGCCCUAUAAUGCAGGUUCUUCUGUUCUCUUCACCACAUUCUCUCCCUUCCCCAAGGUUUGAAUAAAUCUUUUCACUUCUUGUAAUAUAAAUUCAUGCUUCUGAUCAGGAGCUGAGUUUUCUUAGUAGGGGUAAUCUUAAACAAUAAAACAGAUAACUGAAUAAAGGGAUUUUUAUUUUUAUAUUCAUUUUGUUCAUUUACCAGCAUUUAUUUUAACUGUUGCAGUUAUUAUUGCACUUUGGUGUCUUAUGGGCUUUUUUAAGGAGUGAAGCUUGCUUUGAAGUUUACUGCUGCUCAGAUAAAUGUACCAGCUUUAAUGAGUUUCAGCUCAAGCCCAUAACUUUUUUGUCUAAACAGACACAUUUUUCUGAUCAACAGUGUCCACAGAUUCUCACAUCAUUGCCAUUCUGAUUGUUUUCGGUUUCAUUCUGUUGAAUAGCUUCUGCUGUCUUCAGUUAAAUUUUUCUGAGCUAUGUUGAUGUUGGAUAGAAGGCUGGCCAAUUUCUUUCCUAUUUUGUUACUGUCUGGUAACAUCAGUUGACCUACUACUGAAAAUUAAACUCUGAAAAUUACUACAUCAUGGGCAUUAAAGGUAUUUUUAAAAAUUCUCUAGCUUGACAAGUUUUUGGGGGAUGUCCCCUACAACACCUACUUUAUUUAUUUUCAGCAUUCAAUCUUCGCCAAUCUAACUAGUUUGCAUCUAGUCAAGACUUGUCAACCUAUGGUCUUUACCAGACAAUAAAGAAUGGCCUCUUUGCCAGUUGAAGGAUAAAAUUAUUUGCAACAGGUUUAUAACUUUUGAUUUAAGGAAAAAAUUGAUUUUUAGUAUAAACAGUUUGAAUGGAAAAGUGAAUAGUUUUGUACAUUUCAAUUAAAGAUGGGAGCACUGUUCUAAAUAAUGAACUGAGUAGUUCAAAAUAAUUUUUUCUUAAAAAUAUUUAUUGUACAGUGUGCUAGAUUAUGUUUCUUACUGGUAUAUUUCCUGGUACAGCUUAUAGUUACAUUUUGAAUAGUUUCAAAAGAACUUCAUUGUAAUGUCAACUGCAUUACAAACCAAUCCUGUCCUCUUAGUACAUUUGUUCUGUGUCCCCUCUCUUCAGUGUCUCUGAAAGUCAUUUGUUUGCUCAUUCCAUCCCACAUCUACAUCUUACUGGUAGUUCAGUUUUAAUAUAAGCAUCAGAAUGUCGCAGUGAUUGUCUUGCUGUUGUAUAAAAGCUACUGUAAAUGUCUUGAAACCUGACUAAAAUUGUAAAUUCUAUUUUGGCUGUAUUUUUUAAAAUAAAUUGUAACUUUUUAUUAUAGAAUAACAAUUGCAAUUACCUAUCAAUUUGUAGUAUUUUAUAUGAAUUGAUACAUAGACUGUGACAGUGUAUUCAAUUUCUUAUAGGUUGUCUGGGUACACUAUUGUUGUGCAAUGUAAUAUUGUCAAUAAGAAGACAUUGGGACAAUGCUAGUAGUUUGGUAUUUCUAACUUUGCCAUUAACACUUAGUUUCUCUAGCUGUUAGCUUAUGAGUUUGCAUACAUAAUACAUCUGAUAAUUUAUUGUAAAACUUUGACUAAGCAGUAUCCUUUGCUUUUAAAGCACUAUACAUUGAUAAUUAUAGAAAUGUGCCAUUAUGAGUUCUGGUAAUGGUUGUUCAUGUCACAAACUAUAAUUUAUAUUUCAGGAUGUUUAUUCAAUGCCAUCAGAACUAAAAGACUGGUGAAUCAAUUUUGGAUAAGAAGUAGGACAUUGCUGGAUUGGAAGAUUUUUUUGGUUUGUUUAAGAAUGUAUUACAAAUUACAGCAGCAAUUUUGAUUUUGGUCUUGGUUUUAUCUCAGUUUUAAGUAUUCAAGGAUACAAUAGUUCUUGGAGAAAUCAUUAAAACACUCAAGGUCGUCCCAUAUUUACCAUUAUGGAAUUGGCCUCUGGAUCCAUCUCUUGUUACAGAAUUUAGCUUCUCACUGGUAGCUUAAAUAUUUAAAAAAUUAAACGUCUAUUCCAUUGCAACCAAAA